GGUUGUAUUCUGCGAAUGGCCGGAUCUUAUGCCACUAUAAAUACAAAAGCCGACCUACCCCCACUCUCUGACUCUACCCUUUCCUCACUAGCUGCUUUCUUCCCGGUUUCACUCGCAGUCUUCACGCCAACAACAAACUCAGUCUUGUCUUUGUUUCUUCUUCUCUCAUGGAUUCCGACUACGGCAUUCCCAGGGAACUCUCCGAUCUCCAGAAGCUUCGAUCCACCUACCAACCGCAGCUUCCUCCUUGUCUUGAGGGUACUACUGUCAGGGUUGAAUUUGGUGACACAGCAACAUCUCUGGACCCCACGGAUUCCCACACCAUCAGUCGGUCCUUUCCAAACACUUAUGGUCAGCCAUUGGCUCACUUUCUCAGGGCAACUGCUAAAGUACCUGACGCUCAGAUUAUAACUGAGCAUUCAGCAAUGAGGGUGGGAAUUGUCUUUUGCGGGAGACAAUCUCCUGGAGGACACAAUGUCAUAUGGGGUCUUCUCAAGGCUCUCAAAAUUCACAACCCCCAGAGCACUUUACUUGGAUUCUUGGGUGGUUCUGAAGGUUUAUUUGCCCAGAAAACUCUUGAGAUAACUGAUGACAUUAUUGCAACCUACAAGAAUCAAGGUGGCUAUGAUUUGUUGGGACGGACUAAAGACCAAAUAAGAACAACUGAGCAAGUUAAAGCUGCACUAACUGCCUGCAAGGAUUUGAAAUUGGAUGGCCUUGUCAUUGUUGGAGGGGUGACAUCAAACGCUGAUGCCGCUCAGCUUGCAGAAACAUUUGCUGAAGCAAAAUGCACAACUAAGGUGGUUGGAGUUCCCGUCACUUUGAAUGGAGAUCUUAAGAACCAGUUCGUGGAAACUAAUGUUGGUUUUGAUACAAUAUGUAAGGUCAAUUCCCAGCUCAUCAGUAAUGUUUGCACUGAUGCUCUCUCUGCGGAGAAGUAUUAUUAUUUUAUUCGGCUCAUGGGCCGAAAGCAAUCACAUGUUGCUCUGGAGUGCACCCUCCAGUCUCAUCCAAACAUGGUAAUUCUUGGUGAGGAGGUGGCUGCAUCAAAGCUAACUCUCUUUGACCUGACAACACAAAUUUGUGAUGCGGUGCAGACCCGUGCGGAGCGAGACAAGUACCACGGUGUCAUUCUACUGCCGGAAGGACUCAUAGAAAGCAUUCCUGAAGUCUAUGCCCUCUUGAAGGAAAUUCAUGGUUUGAUCAGGUUAGGUGUUUCUGUGGAUAACAUUUCAUCUCAACUGUCACCCUGGGCUUCUGCUUUGUUUGAAUUCUUGCCACCCUUUAUCAAGAAACAGCUUCUCCUUCACCCUGAAUCAGAUGAUUCUGCACAGUUAUCCCAGAUUGAAACGGAGAAACUUCUAGCACAUCUUGUGGAGGCAGAGAUGAACAAGCGUCUGAAAGAAGGCACUUACAAGGGGAAGAAAUUUAAUGCUAUCUGCCACUUUUUUGGUUAUCAAGCUCGGGGAUCUUUGCCAUCAAAAUUCGAUUGUGACUAUGCCUAUGUCCUUGGACACAUCUGCUACCACAUUCUAGCAGCUGGUUUGAAUGGUUACAUGGCAACUGUAACUAACCUGAAGAAUCCUGUAAACAAGUGGCGUUGUGGUGCUGCUCCAAUUACAGCAAUGAUGACUGUAAAACGGUGGUCUCAAAAUCCUGGUGCUACAUCUAUUGGAAAGCCUGCUAUUCAUCCUGCGAAUGUUGAUUUGAGAGGCAAAGCAUAUGAGCUGCUGAGACAAAAUGCCACAAAAUUUCUGAUGGAUGACGUCUACAGAAAUCCUGGACCCCUUCAGUUUGAUGGUCCUGGGGCUGAUUCUAAGGCUGUAACACUCUGUGUUGAAGAUCAGGAUUACAUGGGCCGUAUAAAGAAACUUCAGGAAUAUCUUGACAAGGUGCGGACCAUUGUUAAGCCAGGUUGCUCACAAGAGGUUUUAAAAGCCGCUUUAAGUGUCAUGGCGUCUGUAACAGAUGUUCUCUCCGUCAUGUCUUCACCUUCUUUCGGUGGCCAGGGAUCCCUUUGAGAGUGUAUUUCUUCUGCUUUUCUUACCUUUGGUUCUGAUACGUAUGGUACCUCGAGAAAGUAGUUUGUCUCAUUUUUUUCCUAGUUUGUAUCCUGGACUGUACGUGCGGAACUGUUAAGUUAUGGUAACUCUACUGUGCAAAAAAUAAUUGAGAGGGUUUGUUUUUCCAAUUAUCGGAAAAGAUUCAAUUUUGUUUUAUGUCAAUGAUGGAGAGAACUCUAAAGAAGAUAAUUCAUAUCUCGGGAUUCAACUUUGCGUAGCAGAAUAGAAUAGAAUAUGAAUUUGUAAUUUAACCUUUA